ACGUGCUGAAUACCUCUGGCGAACCGCCACUUCCAAUCACGCUUGCAUUUCUCUCAUUCCCUGCCUCCACCCAAAUACGACGCCGCUUACCACUCUCUCUCUGCCAUUGUUGCCUUCUACAAAUAUCAUUACACCCUCGCAGCAUUUCUGCUACCAAGUACCUAAAUUGGUGCUAGGAAACUCUACAAUUUGUCGAAACUGUUUAUUAAAGAUGGCGGGUUGUUCGUCGAUUGGAAUAGCUCAUUUUAAGAGCUUAGAAAACGGCGUCGUUGCGCUUGACUGCUUUAGCUCCAAGACCCUUUUGACAUCUAUAUUCCAGUGUUUUAAUACUAAUGGAAGUAGAACGAAUUUGAGCUUGACUUGUAAGAAUAAAAGGCAGACACUCGUGGUUGUUAAUGCAAUCAAUCCAGAGGCCGACUCUAAUUCAACUCCACUCACUACCACGAUUGAGAUUGAAAAUUAUGCUGCUAAUGUUGUGGACAAGAGCUAUCUUUCCACUCCUGAUAGCAAAACUGAUGUUGGUGGUGGUGGUGGUGGUGGUGGUGGGGGUUUCAUUGAUGGGAGUGGUGGAAAUGGGAAGUUUUCGGGUGGUGGAGGCGAAGGCGGAGGCAGAGAUGAUGGUGGUGAUGAUUACGAAGAAAAGGAGUUUGGGCCGAUACUCAAGUUUGAGGAGGUGAUUAGAGAGACGGAGGCUAGAGGGGCAAGUCUUCCAGCUGAUAUGUUGGAGGCUGCCAAGACUGUGGGAUUAAGGAAAUUGCUUCUGCAAAGAUAUUUAGACUUGCAGGGUUCAGCUUGGCCCCUUGGGCUUCUGAUGAGGUCGUCCUCCAUGCUUAGGAAUAGGAUGUUAGCUGAUCCGUCGUUUCUCUUCAAGAUUGGAACUGAGAUAGUGAUUGAUUCUUGUUGUGCAACAUUUGCCGAAGUGAAAAAGAGAGGGAAAGAUUUCUGGGCAGAGUUUGAAUUGUACACCGCUGAUCUUCUAGUUGGGGUGGUUGUUAAUGUUGCUCUAGUUGGUAUGCUAGCUCCAUAUGCCCGAAUAGGACAGCUAUCUGCUUCUCAAGGAUUUCUUGGGCGGAUGCAGAGAGGUUAUGCAGCAUUGCCUAGCAGUGUAUUUGAAGCGGAAAGGCCAGGGUCUAGAUUUUCGGUAAAUCAGAGAAUUGCUACCUAUUUCUAUAAGGGAAUUCUAUAUGGAUUGGUUGGUUUUGGAUGUGGUAUCGUUGGCCAAGGAAUUGCCAACUUAAUUAUGACAGCCAAGCGGAGCAUUAAGAAAUCAGAGGAUGAUAUUCCAGUUCCACCCCUUUUGAAGAGUGCAGCAGUGUGGGGAGUUUUUCUGGCUGUGUCUUCCAACACUCGGUAUCAGAUAAUCAACGGGUUGGAACGCAUAGUGGAAGCUUCUCCGAUAGGAAGGAAGGUUCCGCCUGUUGCAAUGGCAUUCACUGUUGGUGUUCGAUUUGCCAACAAUGUCUAUGGUGGGAUGCAGUUUGUGGAUUGGGCUAGGUUGGCUGGCGCUCAGUGACCAUUCUUCUUCUUCUCCUCCUCCUCUUCCUCCUCUCGUUGCUGUGUUCUGAACCAGGAGAGAGUGAUUGGUAAAAUUUACAUUGUGUGGUAACGCCACCAUCAAAAUCAUGUAAAAUUAUGAUUAGGUAUGAGGUUCGGUACUGACUUAGAGCAUCUACAAGGAAAAUGGUAAAUAUAGAGUUAAAAAGAAAUAAUUAUUAUAUUUAUAUCUUUAAAA